AUGGAUUACGAGUUGGAGCAUGAUUUGUGUUUCCGUAACGCGUUCCGCUCGUUUGUAUGCGUGGUGCUUUCGAUGUUGCUGGGCUUGCAAGUGUACACGUACUUCUGGGCCUCCCAGGAUUCCUUCGAUGGUGACUUUUCGGAUAUCAAAUAUGUUGUGAUGCAACUCACGCGGGGUCUCACUGAUGUGAAUCGUAAACAUGAAAAGCUCCAGAACGAAAUGGAGCGUAUCUCGGCAGCCCUGCCAGCGGUGGCGGCGGCGGCCGGCCGAGCCAGGGAUGCUCUGGAGCCCCGACGGAGCCCUAGAAAUCUAUUCGAUGUUCACGAUUACGAUCGACAGAUAGUAGACUUCGCCCUGGAGACAGCCGGAGCGCGGGUGAUUGAUACCGGAGACACCCUGGAACACUUCAUCCACGAGUCUCCGGUCGGUUGGCUGCUUCACUCUAUAAGUUCGCUGGUCUGUCGUGACUGUCUCGGAGCCAACGCUAUCAUCAAGCCCGGAACACUACCCGGAGAGUGCUGGGCGUUUAAAGGUUCUAAGGGAGAAGCAACGAUACGACUUCUAGGGACCGUAAGAAUUACUGGGGUCAGCUUGGAACACAUACCGGCUCACAUCUCUCCCACCAAAGAGAUUUCGUCGGCACCUCGUCUAUUUCAGCUUGAAGGUCUGGAGUUCCGCGGAGAUCCUUAUCCGUACGAUUUCGGUACUUUCGAGUAUGAGAAGGACGGGAAGCCGAUACAGUACUUCGAGGUGUUGCAUCAGUCGCCUAAAGGUUACAAUUUAGUGCGUCUCAAGAUAUUUUCCAAUUGGGGUCACCCGGUGUACACAUGUGUGUAUAGGGUGAGGGUCCACGGAGACCUGGUGCCGGGCCAGCAGCACGCAUCCAACGAGGAGGAGAUGCGUAUCGAAACAGAAUAG